AUGUCCGUGGGGGUAGUGUCCUUCUGCCUCUCCAUCUUCGCUUUGUCUUGUGAAAUUAAAGGACUGUCAUCCAUAAUUACCCCACAAAGACUGCCAUCCAUAAUUACCCCACAAAGACUGACAUCCAUAAUUACCCCACACAGACUGUCAUCCAUAAUUACCCCACAAGACUGUACUGUCAUCCAUAAUUACCCCACAAGACUGUCAUCCAUAAUUACCCCACAAAGACUGUCAUCCAUAAUUACCCCACAAAGACUGUCAUCCAUAAUUACCCCACAAAGACUGUCAUCCAUAAUUACCCCACAAAGACUGUCAUCCAUAAUUACCCCACAAGACUGUCAUCCAUAAUUACCCCACAAGGAACAACACCAAACAGUCUGAUAUCACUCUGGAAUAGCCUUUCAGAUACUCAUAAUAUUUGAUAGUAAC